AGCUCGGCAGCGCCAGUGCGGCCGCCAUAUUGUCAGCAGAGAGCAGCAAAACUAUUCGGCUGGGCAGAUUAUUUGCUCUUACAUACACACAGAGGUAUUGGUUAAACUUCUGUAAUUCACAGCAAUAAAGAUGAGUGACAUCGACGAAACAGCCUACGAAGGAAGGGAGUCACGUUCACCAUCCAAAUCUCCAAGUGGUAGUGCUGGCCGUGUAAAAUCAGAAAGCCGCUCUGCGUCACGCAGCCCAUCUAGGGCCUCAAAACGUUCAGAAUCACGCUCCCGAUCACGGUCCAAGUCAAGAUCUCACUCCAGAAGGCAUUCGCACCGGCGUUAUUCACGCUCCAGGUCACGAUCACAUUCACACCGAAGGCGAUCUCGUAGUAGGUCUUAUACGCCUGAGUAUCGAUCACGCAGAAGGAGCCGUAGUCAUUCCCCAAUGUCCAGCCGAAGACGUCAUGCAGGAAGUAGAACGGGACAUGUGUCAGCGAAACACGGAGCGUUGAUAGUAGAUGUGGAGAAGUCCGCUGCCAGGACUGCCCCAUCGUCCCAGAUGAAGGAUGAUUCCUGGAGGCGAACAGGAUAUGGGAAGAAAGAAGGGAAACUCGGUUCUCAAAACGCUAAUCCAGAUCCAAACACUUGCCUAGGUGUUUUUGGUCUUAGUUUGUACACCACUGAACGUGAUCUUCGUGAAGUUUUCUCUCGGUAUGGGCCAUUGGCUGGAGUCAAUGUUGUCUACGAUCAAAGGACUGGUCGUUCACGAGGAUUUGCAUUUGUUUACUUUGAAAGACUGGAGGAUGCUAAAGAGGCAAUGGAGCGUGCAAAUGGAAUGGAACUGGAUGGUAGACGAAUUCGUGUUGAUUAUUCCAUUACGAAGAGGCCACACACUCCCACUCCUGGGAUUUACAUGGGACGACCUACUCACAGUAGUGGUGGAGGUGGUGGUGGAGGACGUCGUCGCGAUUCGUACUAUGAUCGAGGUUAUGAUAAAUAUGAUCGCUAUGAUGACCGGGACUAUGAUUAUCGAUACAGUAGACGACGAUCACCAUCACCCUACUACAGCAGAGGAUACCGAUCACGUUCGAGAUCGCGAUCUUAUUCGCCACGUCGUUACUGACCAGACUCCUCCUUGCUGGACGACUGUCUAAAGAUUUUUAAUCAAUGUGUUAGUGACUUUUUUUGGGGGGUGGGGUGGUUAGGGUUAAGAUUUUGGUAGUUGUGCAUGAUAGUUUCUAUGGCUGUAUACUGCUUUGGAAAGGCCAUUCUAAAAGCCACUUGCUUGAACUUAUGUAGUUCAUAACCUGAUAUAAGAAAAGGACGGGGCUCAAAGUUCAUGGUAAUCUUUUAAUUACCAAGUACUGGUUGUUUUUGAACACGCAAAUGCCAACAUUCAUUAGUUUUGUGAUGGUGUUUGAUUUUGUCAUGGGGUUGUAUUUGCUGUUUGAAACUGUCCUAGAGUUCUGAGGUGUAUUUUUUUUUAUUCAAAGAAAGUCUGAUGUAAACCUAGCAAAGAUCAGUAUAUGCAUUUUACAAAAUAACUAUUAAAAAUGUACAGAAGGGUAACCAGUUGUGUAAUGUCCUUCUGAAAGAUUCUGAAAAAGCAUUUUGCAACUUUGGAACCUAUUGCUUUAAAUGAGUAUAAGUGGAAUAUUGACUUUCUGACCUAGAUUGAAAAUGUGUUGUGACAGAAUUCUUUGUCUUCACAAUUGUAAAGGAAUACAAGGAUUAAAUUUUUGUUUUUAGUUAA